AUAACGUUAGUAUUAUGUGUAUCAAUAAGGUAACACUUGUAGUAUAAAUAGACACAUUUUAAAUGGAAACCAUUAUUAUUGAGUUUCUCCUCAAAACAUCAAAAUGGCAGCUAAAGUCACCCUUGUCUUGUGCGGUUUGGUCUUGGCCAUACAGACUGCAUUCGCCCAGUACGCUCUUGGAAACUCUGUGGUGGAAAACAAUGUCGUCGUUAACAGCGGAGCUAACGCGUAUGGCUUGGCUGGAGGACUGGGUGGUGCUCUGGGUGUGACUGGAUUGAACAAUGGUCUGGGACUGGGCUUAGCUGGCAAUGGAAUUGGCUGGGCCAAUGGUUUGGCUGGAGGCGCUGGACUCGGUCUGGGCAACGUAGCGUUGGGAGGGCCAGGCUUCAUCGACCUGGUCAGUCUGUCUGCCGGAGGAGUGUUGCCGAUCUCCAGUGUGGGCCCCGUCGUCCCAGCCGGCCUCAACGUGGUGUCAGACAACGCGAUCGAAGGCGCUGUGCUGGUCAGCGGUCAGCUGCCGUUCUUGAGCGCUGUGGCCUUCGAAGGAGCCUUGGCUUCAGCUGGUUCCGGAGCCUCUUCUUGCGGCUGCGGUAACGGCAACAUUGGCAUCGUCAGCGAGACCGGAUCUACCGCUCUGCUGCCAGCUGCUGCCGGACUUGGCUUGGGUGCUGGACGCGGUCUGGGUGCCGUUGGUCUAGGUCUUGGAGGACUUGCAGGUGCUGGCCCCCUUGGCCUUUAUCUGUACCCAAGUCCUCCAAGCCCGGCCAGACCACCCAGCGCGCCCAAGCCACCAGCAGCGUUCUCACUGACGAUGCCCACAUUCCCAGUGCCACAGCCGCAAGACGCAGCCCCAGCACCACCAGAUGCUAUCGCGCCUUCGAUGCCCACAGCACUCAAGAACGGCAACACAACAGUAAUAGUAGAAGGGGCUAUAGGCCCAACGCUGGUCACCGGGAAAACUCCUCCGACAGACAAACUGCCUAGAUUGAGGAACGCUGGGCUUGCUACCACAGCAUUACCAAGACCAAGAUUUUGCCCGGCACCUAAGCCGACACCAGCCAAACCAAAUCCAGCAUCCAAGUUAAGACCGCUUCCCAAACCUAAGCCCAAAUUAGCUAAGCCCGCUCCACCCACUUCAACUCCAGGCACACUGACGAGACCCAAUCCAUUGGCCACGCCAAGACCACCAUUCCAUCCCAAUCCUCCUAAGUUACCGCCCAAUCCAGCGCCAACGACUUCCACUCCAGCCGCGGGGACGCUCACAACGCCCAAACCACUGGCCAAGCCUAGUCCGCUCCCAGCAAAACCGUAUGCGCCUCCCAGACCAAGUUCAUCAGCCCAGCCCAGUAUAAAAGAACAAGCGUACAGCCAAGCCCUAUUGGGUGGAUAUGGUCUGGGUCCUCGCGCUUCAGGUUAUGGAAUCGGCGAAGUCGAGGUGGCGGCUGUUGAGGUCGACACCAUUGGCGGCUACGGCUACAACAAUGGCUUGGCCGGACUUGGCGGCUUCGGACUGGCUAACACUGGUGGAUUGGGAUUGGUUAACGCUGGUGGCUUGGGAUUGGUUGGCGCUGGCGGCUUAGGAUUGGCUGGAGCUGGACUCGGCAUCAACUCUGGACUCGGCCUCAACUCUGGACUCGGUCUUGGACUUGGCGGCUACGGCGGCGUGGGUAACGGCGCGCUCGCCGUCGGCGGAGAGCUGCCAGUUGCUGGCACCACGGUCGUCACUGGCGCCGUGCCAGUGCUCGGCGCUGUGAGCUUCAGCGGCAACUUGCCAGCUGCUGGCGCCGUCUCCAUCUCCGGCAACUGCGGAUGCGGUGGUGUGCCAUACGGAAACUAUUAAUAGGCGUGAUUAAAACUAAAUAAAUUUCAUCAAAUAUGUAUCUAAAAAUAA